AUGAUUGACGACAAGGAGCCGCAGCAGCCCGCGACAAACAGCUUUGUCAUUUUUGCCAACAAGUGGUCUCACCAUUUUUCAAAGAUGGAGAACGCGGAUGGCGAUGUGGUUGACGCCUACAGGAGGUCGAUUGGAUCCCUCAUGGCCAAAGCAGAGGCGGCCAAACCGGGCAGAGAGAUUGAGCCUCCUUUGACGGAAACACAGCUUGGUGAAUCGUUUUGGCUUCUCCCGAGUGAAGAUGACCAGCUAUCGCGACAAUACAGUCUACAAACACGGUUUGCAGCUGUCGAAAUCGCGUUCAGAGAGAGAUUCUACAACCUUCUUGCUACUAUUUCGAUCGAUGACCCUGGGUUUAUCCAAAUAUGGAACCUGCUCGAUAUAAUAUCCGUCUUUUCCGACAACGAACAAUGUGAGCCCGGCCUCAUUUUCUGGUUGAUUGAGGAACUGCUUGAUAGCCAGACGAUUGAAGGUUGCCGGAAGGUCUUUGAUUACCUGGAAUCCCGAAGAGAACGGAACACAAAGAAACACUUCAAACAAAAAAGCUUGAUUAUUCUAAGGACGUGCAAUGAGUUGCUGCGCAGGCUUUCUCGCGCAGAAGACACUGUCUUUUGCGGACGGGUGUUUAUCUUUCUGUUCCAGAGCUUCCCUUUGGGAGACAAGAGUGCGGUGAAUCUUCGAGGCGAAUACCACACCGAAAAUGUGACGACUUUCGAUACGAUCACGAAAGAAAGUACCGAUCAGGCGGACGGUAUGGAUGUGGAUAUGCUUGAUAUCAAGGAAUCAACCCCGAUCGACGGUUCUCAAGCAACCGAGAGACAAGGCGUCGACGAAAAGUCGACCACUCAGGAUCUUCCUGGGACACCCAAGGUGACUAUUACUCGACCUGGAGAUCAAACCCCGGGGAAAUCAGUGGACCUGGAUUCCCUGUAUCCCGUCUUUUGGGGAUUACAAGCAUACUUUUCUGCGCCGACAAGAGUUUUCGAUACCCAACACUUUGCCACAUUCAAGACCGGACUGGAGUCUACGCUCUCCGCGUUUAAAAACGUCAAGACAGACCUUGAAACUUCGAAUAGCAAGUCGUCAGAAGAAAUCCGCAAAUCGAACAAACGUAAGCGAACUGCAGAUGGUCCUGAAAUUGCAAGCAGUUUCAAUCCCAAGUAUUUGACCAGUCGGGAGCUUUUUGACCUUGAGGUCAACGACACGGCCUUUAGGAGACACGUUUUGGUUCAAGCCCUCAUCCUCUUGGAUUUCAUGCUUUCUCUUACACCCCAAUCCAAAUCAAAGCUGGCAGACUUGACCAACAAGUCUGUUCUGUAUGGAUUUUCCCUCAGUGAAGAAGAUGCGAUCUGGGCCACCAAGAUGCGAAAGUCAAUCGAGGAGUAUCUCCAGGAAGGUGUCGGAGGAAAGUUCUAUUACCGCAUGGUAGAUACUGUUCUCUCCAGAGAUAAAAACUGGGUACGCUGGAAGGCCGAGGGUUGUCCGCCAAUCGAGAAGCCUGCAGUGUCCGUGACGGAAUACAUCAAUGCUCGUGAGAACGCAACGAGGACAUAUUCAAACAAGCGGCUGCGGGCCUCGCCAAUGGGGUCCCUUGAUCUCAAGUUUCUCUCAGAGAGCGAAUCAUCAUCCGCAAUUGACAGAUUAAAAGAGUCCGAAAGAUUCAAUGUUCCGGCCCCUGAGACUCUAAUGCGUGUGAUCGAGGACAAUGAGUUCGAUAUUGACAUGGCUCAAACCAAGGAGGACAAGGAGAGCGCAGUCCAAGCCAAAGCAAGCAAGACAUGGCUGAUGCUGCGACUGUCCGCCAAAAGUAAACUCACAGCUUUCGAAAAGAUCGAUGACGGGAAGAAUCUAAAGAUCCUUUUCGAGGUCCCACAAGCCAAUGAAAGCACAUUACAACCCGCCACAAAUACACCACAAGAUUCCACAACCAAGCUAUCUCAGGAAACUGAAAAUGAGCCGAAUGGUCCGGCACAGGAUCAAGAUGCGGUACAGGACCAGGACAACGAUGUCGGAGCUGAGAACGAUACUGUCAUGGCGGAGCCCAAGGCUAGCGAAGUAAAUGAUGCAACAACUACUGAUGCACCAGAGGCAUGA